GAGCUGGAGAAGCCACCGCUUGGACCUGCCCACCCAGGCAGGCAGAGCACACAGAGGCGCUGAAGUUCUGCGAGACGGUGAUCCUGGUGAGCGGGACCUGCAGGUGGACUUUGGAGGCCAAAUUCGCUAGAAACAAUGCAAAUUGGGAGCAGGCAUGGCCUCCCCCGCCCAUUAAGGGGAAGCUGUGGUCAAAAGCUUUUUGUUCCGCAACUGCGCUCCCCAGAUCCUGGGCGCACCGCCUCGACUGUGGUCUCCGUCCUCUGAGCUGCGCUUUCUAGUGACUUGGAUUUUCUUCCCGCGAACGUCGGGUUCCUAGAGGUGCCGGGGAAGAUGGGAGCCCGAUCUCCAAGGAGCCCCGAGCCUCCGUGGCCGCCAGCGCCCUCUCUCUCCUGCUCCGGAGGAGCCCUCCUGGCGGUGCUGAUGCUGCUCGCGCUGCCUGCUGCCUGGGGUCAAUGCCAAGCCCCGCCAUAUUUUGCAUCUGCCAUGCCCACAAGAUGGACUGAUGAGGUUGAGUUUCCCAUUGGGACAUCUUUGAAGUAUAAAUGCCGCCCUGGUUACCAGGGGAGACUUUUCUCUAUCACCUGCCUAGAAAACUCGGUCUGGUCAAGCCCUGGAAGCUGUACACGUAAAUCAUGUGGAACUCCUUCCGAACCCAUAAAUGGUAAAAUGGAAAUAACUGGAGAAGCCAAGUUUGGAUCAACUAUUAAUUAUUCUUGUAAUGAAGGAUACCAACUCAUUGGUGAAACUUCUAAUUUUUGUGGCAUCGUAGACAAUACUGUCGCCUGGGAAAAUCAAGUACCUGUUUGUCAGAUUAUUCAAUGUAAGCCACCACCAACCAUCACCAACGGAUAUUUCCUUGGCAACAGCGGAGACGAUUUUCCAUACGGAAUAGUGGUGACCUAUCACUGCAGUGACAGAAAAGGAAGGGAAAAGUUUGAACUCGUGGGCGAGAAGUCAAUAUAUUGCACCAGCAAAGAUCAAGUGGGCCUCUGGAGCGGCCCUGCCCCUCAGUGCAUCGUACCUAAUAAAUGCACGCCUCCGCACGUUGAAAAUGGAAUAAGGGAGUCUGAGAACAGAAGCUUGUUCUCCUUGAAUGACAUCGUGAGGUUUAGGUGUCAGCCUGGCUUUGUCAUGAAAGGCCCCUCCAGUGUGCGCUGCCAGGCCCAAAACAGAUGGGAGCCCGAGUUGCCCAGCUGCUCCCCAGUUUGUCAGCGGCCCCCAGAAAUCCUGCAUGGCCAGCACAGCCCCAGCGACAAGGACAGCUUUUCCCCUGGGCAGGAGGUGCUCUACAGCUGUGAGCCUGGCUAUGACCUCAGAGGGGCCGCCUCUCUGCGCUGUUCGCCCCGGGGAGACUGGAGCCCGGCCGCCCCCACAUGCGCAGUGAAAUCAUGUGCUGCCUUCAAGGACCAACUUCCUAAUGGCCGUGUGCUCUUUCCACUUAACUUCCAGCUUGGAGCAAAAGUGUCCUUCCUUUGUGAUGAGGGAUUCCAUCUACAGGGCAGCUCUGCCAGCCAUUGUGUCUUGGUUGGAAUGGAGAGCCUCUGGAAUAGCAGUGUCCCUGUGUGUGAACAAAUCUUAUGUCCAAAUCCUCCAGAUAUUCGUAACGGAAGACACACAGGAAAACCUCUGGAAAUCUUUUCUUUUGGAAAAGAAGUAACUUACACAUGUGAUCCCCAACCAGACAGAGGGACGACCUUCAGUCUCAUUGGGGAGAGCACCAUCCGCUGCACCAGUGACAGUGAAGGGAACGGGAUCUGGAGCGGCCCUGCCCCUCGCUGUGGACAUCCAGGUUACUGUAAUGCUCCAGAUCAUUUUCAAUUUGCUGAGUUGAAAACCCAAACCAAUGAAUCUGCAUUUCCUAUUGGGACAUCUUUAAAGUAUGAAUGCCGCCCUGAGUACUACAGGAGGACAUUCUCUAUCAGGUGUCUAGCCAACUUGGAGUGGUCAGCUGCCCAGGAUGUCUGUAAACGUAAAGUAUGUAAAACUCCUGCAGAUCCUAUGCAUGGCAUGCUGCACAUAGACACAGACAGCAACCUUGGAUCCAGAAUUAAUUAUUCUUGUAAUACAGGGUAUCAACUCAUUGGUCACUCAUCUGCCAAAUGUAUCAUCUCAAACAAUACUGCCAUUUGGGAUACAGAGCCACCACUCUGUCAACGUAUUCAUUGUAAGCCACCACCAACCAUCGCCAACGGAUAUUUCAUUAGCAACAGCAAAGACUAUUUUCCAUACGGAAUAGUGGUGACCUACCACUGCAAUGACAGAAAAGGAAGGGAAAAGUUUGAACUCGUAGGCGCGAUGUCAAUAUAUUGCACCAGCAAAGAUCAAGUGGGCCUCUGGAGCGGCCCUGCCCCUCAGUGCAUCGUACCUAAUAAAUGCACGCCUCCGCACGUUGAAAAUGGAAUAAGGGAGUCUGCGAACAGAAGCUUGUUCUUCUUAAAUGACAUCGUGAGGUUUAGGUGUCAGCCUGGCUUUGCCAUGAAAGGCCCCUCCAGUGUGCGCUGCCAGGCCCAAAACAGAUGGGAGCCCGAGUUGCCCAGUCUUCCCCCAGUUUGUCAGCGGCCUCCAGAAAUCCUGCAUGGCCAGCACAGCCCCAGCGACAAGGACAGCUUUUCCCCUGGGCAGGAGGUGCUCUACAGCUGUGAGCCUGGCUAUGACCUCAGAGGGGCCGCCUCUCUGCGCUGUACACCCCAGGGAGACUGGAGCCCGGCCGCCCCCAGAUGCGCAGUGAAACCAUGUACUGCCUUCCGGGACCGACUUCCUAAUGGUCGUGUGCUCUUUCCACUUAACUUCGAGCUUGGAGCACAAGUGUCCUUCGUUUGUGAUGAGGGGUUUCAUUUACAGGGAAGUUCUUCUAGUCACUGUGUCAGGGUUGGAACGAAGAGCCUUUGGAAUAACAGUGCUCCUGUGUGUGAACAAAUCUUUUGUCCAGAUCCCCCUGCUAUCCUUAAUGGGAACCACAUAGGAACUUCUCUCAGAGACAUUCCCUAUGGAACAGAAAUAUCUUACACAUGUGACUCCCACCCAGACAGAGGGAUGACCUUCAGUCUCAUUGGGGAGAGCACCAUCCGCUGCACCAGUGACAGUCAAGGGAACGGGAUCUGGAGCGGCCCUGCCCCUCGCUGUGAACUUUCUGGUCCUGCUGGUCAGUACCGACCUGCGUUUACCCUAAGUUACUGUAAAGCUCCAGAACCAUUUCUGUUUGCCAAGCCUACAACCAUAACUGAUGAAUCGGAGUUUCCAAUUGGGACAUCUUUGAGCUACAAAUGCUCCCCUGGGUAUUUUGAGAAUAUGUUCUCUAUCACCUGCUUAGAAAAUUUGGUUUGGUCAAAUGUGGAAGAUGUCUGUAGACGAAAAUCAUGUGGAUCUCCACCAAAACCUUUCAAUGGCAUGGUGCAAAUAAACACGGAUACUUACUUUGGAUCAACAGUUAAUUAUUCGUGUAAUGAAGGAUAUCGACUCAUUGGCUCCCCAUCUGCUGCUUGUAACCUCUCAGGCAAUAGUGUCACUUGGGAUAAGGAGGCACCUGUCUGUGAAAGGAUAUCUUGUGAGCCGCCCCCAGCCAUAUUCAACGGAGACUUCUACAGCAGCAAUAGAAAUGUUUUCCAAUAUGCAACACUGGUAACUUAUCGAUGUCACACUGGGCCGAAUGGAGAAAAGCUGUUUGACCUCAUGGGAGAACAAUUUCUAUAUUGUAUCAGCAAAGAUGGUCAACUUGGUGUUUGGAGCAGCCCUCCUCCUCAGUGUAUUUCUGCUAAUAAAUGCACAAUUCCAGAAGUUGAAAAUGGGAUUAGAGCAUCAGGAAAUAGGAGUUUAUUCUCUUUAAAUGACAUGGUGAGAUUCAGAUGUCAGCCUGGUUUUGUUAUGAAAGGGUCCAACACUGUGCAAUGCCAGGCCAACAAUACAUGGGCGCCUGAGCUUCCAAGCUGCUCCAGGGUUUGUCAGCGGCCUCCAGAAAUCCUGCAUGGCCAGCACAGCCCCAGCGACAAGGACAGCUUUUCCCCUGGGCAGGAGGUGCUCUACAGCUGUGAGCCCGGCUAUGACCUCAGAGGGGCCGCCUCUCUGCGCUGUACGCCCCGGGGAGACUGGAGCCCGGCCGCCCCCAGAUGUGCAGUGAAAUCAUGUGCUGCCUUCAAGGACCAACUUCCUAAUGGCCGUGUGCUCUUUCCACUUAACUUUGAGCUUGGAGCAAAAGUGUCCUUCGUUUGUGAUGAGGGGUUCCGAUUAAAAGGCAGCUCUGUUAGCCAUUGUGUCUUGGUCGGAAUGAAAAGCAGUUGGAGCAGCAGUGUCCCUGUGUGUGAACAAAUCUUUUGUACAAAUCCUCCAGCUAUUCUUAAUGGAAACCACACAGGAACUUCUCUGAGAGUCAUUCCCUAUGGAACAGAAAUAUCUUAUACAUGCGACUCCCACCCAGACAGAGGGAUGACCUUCAGUCUCAUUGGGGAGAGCACCAUCCGCUGCACAAGUGACAGUGAAGGGAACGGGCUCUGGAGCGGCCCUGCCCCUCGCUGUGAACUUUCUGGUUCUGCUGAGGUAAAAUGCAGCCUCCCAAAGUUUACCAAUGGAAUCUGGAAGGAGUUGGACAUGAGGCAAGAAUUUCGAUUUGGAGAGACUGUAACCUUGGAGUGUAAAGAUGGAUAUACUCUGGAAGGCAGUCCCUGGAGCCAGUGCCAGGCAGAUAACACAUGGGACCCUCCUCUGGCCACAUGUACUAGUACAUCUGGUCGACGUAAUGCUCGCAUUAUUGGCAUAUCCUCCAGUGUGGUCAUCUUUAUUAUACCCAUCAUUGUUUCCUGUUGGAUGAUUCUAAAGCGCAAAAAACGCAGUAAUACAGAUGCAAAAUCUAAGGAAGUCAAUAUCCAUUUACAUCCCCAAGAAGGGAGCUGUGAUCAUGCGCAAAGUCUGCAAACAAGUGAGGAACAUAGCAGGUACCGAACACAAAUUGAAAUCAAAAUGCUUUCAACAACCCAAGUAUCGAAAUGGAAACAGGAUUUAAAUGUGCUAUUGUACCUGGUAGAUCACUAAUACCAAAGGCGUUGGAAAGUACUUCAGGAGCUGGAUACACUGCUGGUGGUGUCUUUCUUGGAUAAUUGUUUCCAGUGACUUGGGUGUCCUUCCUUGACAACAUACUAUAAAGCUGAAGAACAUCUCAGAUGAAAAUGCUCGUCGGAAAGGAGCCAAUUCAUUUCAACAGAAUAAGAUCUGAGACUCAUAAAGUCCUUGAAGUGACCUCACAGAGCGGCCAGCAUGUGCACUUGGAGAUGCUGGAGCUCUCCCAGUUCCCGAGGAAGCUCCCUCCUCGGAGUGCGGAUGCUGUCACUCCAUCUUCCUUCUUUGUGCUGAAAUGAAAGAACACCCUGUCUAGCCAGGGGAAGGACUGCACUUAGGGCUUAGAAGUACCAGUAAUCUCAGUUACUUAAAAGAAGAAGUUGUCACCUAGGAUUUCUGUCUAUAAGUUUGUCAUUUGUCUUUCAUAUUUUUAAUUAUUCAUAUAGGUGAUCUUGAACAAUGUGGGGGUUAAGUGGUGCCAUCUGAAUGAAAAUGCUGUUUCUGAUUGGCCAUUUGCUAAAUACUGCAUGCAACAUCCCAGGAUACAGAGGGGCAACUGUAUAGUUACUGAAAAAUAUUCAAGUGCAGUUAUUGAAAAAUAUUCACCCAUGCAGUUCAGACUCUUGUUGUUCAAGUGUUAACUGUAAUAUGGAAUGGGCUCAAAAAAGAGAAUUUGGAAAAUGCAGGAGGAA